AACAUUGAUUAUUUUAAAAUUUCGCGCCUUCUACCUCCAAGUCCAAGAUAGGUUGGAAUAGUGAAAACAUUACAAAUUACAAAUUUUAUACUGAUUUCAAUCAGUAAAUUGGUAGCCAGAAUAAUAUUCCAUUUCUUAUGCACUAUAUUGUGAACAUUUGCUUAUUCAGCUAUGGACAGUGAUGGAGAAAAUACAAUAAAUGAUUCUUUUGAAGGCCAGAGUUCUGAUCAAUACGAACCAAGUCGGGAUACAAAUCCUUUCAAAAUAUUGUUAGCGACAGAUAUACAUCUAGGCUAUAAAGAAAAUGAUUCUAUCCGAGGUGAAGAUACUUUCAAUUCAUUUGAAGAAAUUUUGAAAAUUGGUGUUGCUUCUGAAGUCGACUUUAUUCUCUUAGGAGGUGAUCUUUUUCAUGAUACCAAGCCUAGUCCAUCUUGUUUCAAUAAGUGUAUACGGCUACUCAGAAAUUAUUGCUUAGGAGACAAUCCAGUCAGAAUAGAAAUUUUGUCUGAUCAGCAAAUCAACUUUGAUCACAAUGUAAACAAAAUAGUUAAUUACGAGGAUCCUAAUUUGAAUGUAGGAAUACCUGUUUUCUCUAUUCAUGGAAAUCAUGAUGACCCCACUGGAAAAAACCAUGUCUCUGCAAUGGAUCUCUUGGCAUCAACAGGUCUUGUAAAUUAUUUUGGAAGGUGGAAUGACCUGGCUAAAGUUGAAAUAAAUCCAAUUCUGAUCAGAAAAGGAGAUAGCUUGUUGGCUUUAUAUGGUUUAUCACAUAUUUCUGAUCAACGUUUGGGUAGACUAUUUCUGGAGAAAAAGGUUUCUAUAGCUAAGCCUGACAAUAUUGGCGAUGAAGAAUUCUUCAAUCUGUUAGUACUGCAUCAAAAUAGAGCAGCAAGAGGAACAAAAAAUUUUAUACCUCCCGAUGCGAUUCCAAAUGACAUUGAUUUGGUAAUGUGGGGUCAUGAACACGAUUGCAGAAUUACCCCAGAAAAAGUUGGAGAAAUAUUUAUAACACAGCCAGGCAGCUCAGUUGCUACCUCUCUAUGUGCAGGUGAAGCAAUAACUAAAAAAGUAGGCAUUCUAAAAAUUCACAAAAAAAAAUUCAAAAUCGAUGAGAUCGAAUUGCGAACAGUUCGUCCAUUCAUAUUUGAAGAUCUUUUAAUCGACUUUCCCGAAGUUCCGAUGCAAGACCAAUUAGACAAAUCAAAAAAGGUCAUAAAGAUGAAUGUGGAGACUAUGAUUGAGAAAGCAGGGCAGUUGAAUCGUCUCCCACAGGGUAUUUUGCCUUUAAUAAGAUUGAGAGCGCAUUACAGACAUGAAGAUCAACUUUUUAACGCCAUAAAAUUCAGUCAAGAAUUUGUUGGAAGAGUGGCGAACCCUGAAGAUAUCUUGAAAUUCAUUAGUAUAUCCGGAGCCAAAAGGGAGAAAAUCUUUUUUGAUAAGGAACUCGGUGAAGGUGCGCUCAAUAAUGAAAAUAUUAAAAGAGUUGAAGACAUAAUAAUGAAAUAUCUUGAUAAAAAUAAAAUGCUUGUUCUUUCGGCAAAGGGAGUUACGGAUGGUGUAAUGAAAUACAUCGAUACCGAUGAUGAUGAAGCUCCUAUUCAAAUAAUCGAUCAUCAAUUCAAAAAAACUUUGGAAAAAUUGAUAGAACUUGAUCCAGAAAUAGACGAAGUUGAUGACUGUUUGGAAAACUUGUGCAAGAUGAGGACAAAUCAGGAUGAAGAUGAGGAGGUGUUGAAUAUUCUAAGGAGAAAAAAUGUUCAAAAAACUUCAAUAAUGGAAGAUGAUGAUGUUCCUAGUGAAGUCAUAGAUAUUGACGAUGAUGACGACAACACUAAUACAUCUAGAGUUUCUGUUGCACCUUCACGACCUGCGAGAGGUAGAGGCUCCAGAGGUGGUAGAGGUUCAAGAGGUCCAAGAGGUGGAAGGGGAAAAGCUAAAGAAAAAUCAUAAGAAUUACUUGAAUUUGUCUUUCUUCUUUCCAUUCCCUAAUGUUAACAUUGUAUUCGUUUCAUUGUUGUUUACUAUGUGCUUCUUUUUCUAGUUCUUUAGUGUUGCAAAUUUUUUCUUGUUAUUUAUAUUUAAGUAAAAUAUUUUAUAAUACUAUUCGUGAUAUUUUUGGCAUUUAAAUAAAUUUGUAAUCUUGAA